UAAGCGCCAGCGCGCGAUUUUUCGAAGAAAAUGGCGUCUUGAUUUCGAAAACAAGCAGCGACAAAUUUGACACUAGCCUACAUUGAACUGCAUCUCCUCACAGAAAAAGGGAUCUGUCCAGUGUCCACCUGUUUUGCUUCAUCGUCUAGAGAUCCACCAGGCACAAUGGAAUCGGACACGAGGUUUGCCCAUCUGCUCCAGCCAAUCAGGGAUCUAGCUAAGAACUGGGAGGUGGAUAUAGCAUCCCAUCUAGAGGACUAUGUUACUGAGAUGGAGGCAAUAGUGAUCAGCUUUGACGGGGGUUCCACCACCAUGAACUUUGCUGAAGCUGCACUCCUUAUCCAAGGCACGGCCUGUAUCUACAGCAAGAAGGUGGAAUACCUCUAUGCCUUGGUCUACCAGACACUAGACCUGCUCGCGAGUAAAAAAAAAAUGACGCAGGCUUGUUCGGUUGAUGCAGAAGGAAAGGACACAGACGCAUCGUUUGCAUUUAAAAAGAAUGAGAUUGAGUUUUUAUCAUUAGAUGAUCUCCCAGUGGCAAAGAACAUUGACCUAAAGGAAGAAAAUGAGCGCAAUCACAACAUGACUGGGCACCUCCUAGCACAAACACCCCUAUCACUACUCAAAGUGGAAGGUGCCGACAGAGGGAUCCCAUUGACAAACCGUAAGGGUGAGACGGUGGGUUACAAGGGAGACUUCCGGAUCAACAGCUCCAUGUUCCACUCCUCGCGAGCCCUCCUCAUAGACCCCUCCCACCUGUCCCUCCUAGAGCAAUCCAUGAUGAGACAUCCCUCGUCUACACCGGCUAACUUCAUACUCAAGGCUGCCUUCAGUCCAGAGAAGAAUGACAACGUCCUGCCUGAGAUUCCAGAUGACAUCGACGAUGACAUUCCUAAGCAUGACAUUAGUGCUGAUGAUGUUGAGAUGGGGAUGCCUUUCGAUGACUCGUUUGAGGAGCAACAGCCCAUGCAGGUUGAAGAGAAGAGAGCGUUGAGGGCAAGGGUCGUUGCCCCCAUCAAGCCAAUCAAAGAGUUUGUUGACCCCUGGGAACCUCUCGAUCCUCAUGAUAGCAAAGGAGUGGUAUCUAAACCAUACAAGAAAGGAAAGUGUUUCAAGAUUCCAGCAUCGAUGACAAAGAAUGGUGGGAAGGGCCGGAAAAGAAAAAAGGAGCCGGCCCAAGAGAAAGCAGAACUCUGUCCGAUCGUAGAAUUCAUCAACAAAGCUUAUUUCUCACACGCGUCCAAGCUUCCAAGCAACCCUUUAAAGCUACCAUACCAUGAAGAGUUUGAAUACCUCUACUACACAGAAUAUAAGAAACAAUUGGACACCAGCAGGAGAGAGAAAAGACGAUUGGCUCAACAGGGCAAGUUUGAAGAGCUUGCCAAGAGAGAGAUGCAGGAGGCUGCAGAGGCUGAGGAUUACCAUGGUAACGGCGGUGGUGAUGCGAUCCCGGAGAUGGAUGAUGGAGGAGAUAACUUUGGUUUUGACGGGCCUGAAGAUGUAGAUGAUGAGGACCAGGUCCAGGAAGAUAGACUAGGAGGAGGAGGACAGGAUGAUUUCAUGGCGAACAGUCAGGAUGCAAUAGUAACCAGCUAUGAAGAACUUGUUAGAAAACAUGUGGAAGCAUACCUAGCGAGUGCUUCAGAGUAUGCCCAGAUGACUGAGUUAUCCAAGAGAGUCCAGCAGUGGGAGGAUAGAAUAACACCUGUACUAGCAAGAGAGGAAAAAUUUGCAUAUUUCGACAUCAACCAGUACGGCAAGUUUGUCCUGGAUAGGUUGGACAAGGUCCAGAAGGAGUCGCAGAAGAAAGAGAAGGUCACGACCUUCUGUGAGGUCAUGGAGGACAGGCAGAUCCAUGAGGUCAGCCGCUACUUCCUUGCAACGCUUCAGUUGGCCAACAACUACAACGUAGAAGUGACGAGUAAAGGCCCCGGCGACGAAGGCAUGGACACUAUGGCCCUCAAGCUGCUCAACAUGAAACAACAUCACGAGAACAUGGCCGAGUACAGAGCGCCAUCUGUAGACGAUAACAUGCAAUGAUGCGCCAUCUCCGAAUUAGAUAUCGUCUUCCAAGAGCCCGAAGGGUGUUAACUCAUACACUUUUACACAGAGUUAACACCUUGUGGCUGUCAACAGAGGACUUGCUGAAUGGUGUACUUCAUUGUGUCGUUUUCACCAAAAUGUCACGUGAUAAGUACAAAUUCACCAACAUCCCAUUAAAAUGCGUGUAAAAUUUAACUCCCAGCCUGGCACUACGUCCUUUGGCAAGACAAAAUCUACAUUUGCCACUCUCCACCCAGGUAUUAAAUGGGGACCCGGUAGAAUGCGAAAUUUAAUCUAUAAAAUGGCACCUGGCUGGAAUGCUCCCCAGGGAGUGGAGAAUGCGCAUACACUGUGUGUGGGCAAGUCUGAAUCCGAUGCCCGGGCAAUAAUAAAGCGCUUACAGGCCUCGUCGAUGGAUUGCUAAAUAAAAGCAAAAUAUUAUUAUUAAUGUAAUAUUGUACACUCUAUGCCACAGGCAAUAAUGCCUUUAUUUUGACGUUUGGUUAUUGAAUUCCAGGGUGAGAGAAUUUGCUAAAAAAGUAAAAUCAACUACUUACUAUCAUUAGGUGGUUGUUGAGAGUAACAAAACAUAGACAAACUAAGGAAAGCUUGCUGAAAAUUACAGUUAAAUACGCAUAGUAGUGGGCUCUCAUUGGGAAUUUGACACCAUUUGAGUGUUUACCUAAUAAAAGAUGUCAUUCACCAGGUUUAGCCUUCAGACCAAUAGGCCUUAUGCAAUGCUCUGCAUUUUCCAUCAAUCGCCCCAUAUG